CAAGCCACUGGAGAGUACACUUCUCCGCACAGUAGUGGGCUCUACAUCCAGCAAAACAAACCUGGGAAACUAUACAGCGGACCAUUUCAUUACGGGGCUCCGAGGAGGAAAAGUGUGGGAAUAAAGCGACGUUCUCGUCAAGGUUUUUUUUAAGCUAACCCCCCCGUUUUUUGGCAUCAAGAAGACUUGGGAAAAGCGACAACCAAACACAGCUGUGAUGGACAUAAUGAUUGCGGUGCAGGAUGCUUGUGUCUCUGGUCAGUGGCUUACUGCGAUAAUUCUCAGCCUGUGCUGCUUUCUGCCGUCCUGUUUGCCCGCUGGACAAACUGUGGACUAUUCCUCGGUUGAAAGUGUGGUCAGCAGACAAGGCGACACGGCUCUACUGAGGUGCUACCUAUUGGAUGGGAUCUCUAAAGGAGCCUGGCUGAACCGUUCAAGCAUCAUAUUCGCAGGGAACGACAAGUGGUCUGUGGACCCGCGUGUGUCCAUCGUGUCCAGCGUUGGUGACAAACAUGAGUACAGCCUCCAGAUACAGAAAGUGGAUGUAACUGACGACGGCCAGUACACAUGCUCCAUUCAGAGUGAGCGCAACCCUCGGCCAAAGCUCCUCAACCUUAUUGUAAAAGUUCCUCCCAAGAUAUAUGACAUUUCCUCUGACAUCACGGUAAAUGAGGGCAGCAAUGUGUCGCUCAUCUGUACAGCCAGUGGGAAACCUGAGCCAACCAUUUCCUGGAGACACAUAACCCCAUUAGCCAGGAAGUAUGACAGUGGUGAAUAUCUUAACAUCACCGGCAUCACAAGGGACCAGGCUGGAGACUACGAAUGCAGCGCUUUAAAUGACAUCGCCUCUCCUGACACCAAAACAGUAAAAGUCACAGUCAACUUUGCCCCAGCUAUCCAUGAGAUGAAAAGCCAUGGCGUUGGUCUGGGGCGCACAGCUCUGCUAAGGUGUGAGGCGGCUGCUGUGCCUUCUCCCACAUUCGAGUGGUACAAGGGUGAGAAAAGGAUUAUCAGGGGUCAAGGCAUCGACAUCAAGAGCCUCAGCUCCAGAUCAGUCCUCACAGUGACCAACAUGACAGAGGAUCGUUACGGGAACUACACAUGUGUCGCCACCAACAAGCUAGGGACGGCUAAUGCCAGUGUGCCUCUCAUUCCAAUUAUUGAACCCACCACCACUAGUGCUGUCUCAAGCCCAGCGCCCAACACUGCACCCUAUGGGAGCACAGGAAGUGCACACGUCCCGCUGGCCUGCCGAUACCUGGUCCUGGCUCUCUCCUCCUUCAUCAGCGUGUACUAGCAGAGGCCAGCCCGGACACAAUGACUGUCGAGAGCAUUUAUGAAUCCUUUUUGACAUUGCUGAUGGCUGGAAUCCAAUCUGGUACAGUUUGCUGAAAAGCCGUGAGGGGAAAAUAGUCAGCGUUACUUUGUGUGGGGAAUUUUUUUUUUUCUUUGCUUUUUGGUGAAAUUUCUGUCAUGUAAAUACUAUGAUGUUUUUUUUAAUUAUUAUUUCCUCUUUCUUCUGUUUUUCUUUUCUGAUUGAUUGACCAUCUUUGUGAAUCAGUGCUCACCCCCGCCCCCAACCCCCACUCCACCUCCAAUCAUAUCAAAAGUCCCCCCCAAACCUCCCAAAUGAGAUACGUUUGUGCCUCUUUCUCUGAGAGGCAAUGGCGCAAAAUUGACAUUUUCACCUGUUUUUGUAUAUGGCUAAAAAGAAGCAACUGUGCCAAGUCUCUCAGUACACAGAAUUACCAUACCAAUGUUGUAUUGAAUGUAUUAUGGGUUGUUGAACAAGGAAAGUCAUUUACAGUAGAUUCCUAACAAUACAAAUUUUGAUUAUGGAGUGUGCUUAAAAAAAAUACAGAAAAACAGGAAAAAAAAACAAAAUAACAAAAAAGGCAGGGCUUUUUCAGGACCUGUAUUGUCAUGAUAACUCUAUAGAUGGAUGAACAGUGUUGAAGGUGUGCUUUGUUGUAUUCUGAAAUGGGUCCUUAAGUUACUAUGCCUGCCUCACAGCUUUGAUCAGGCAGCCGUCAAAGUAGCAAAGUAUACUGUAUCGUAUCUUUAUAUUUUAAUAUAGUGUAGGCUUUUGUUUUAAAGUGGGACCAGCUUUUCUCAUUCGACCAAGAACAUUAACAUAGUUCAUGACUUUGUACAGUAUGAAGGGAGGAACAUCGCUGCCCUAUGUUUACAUUUUUAUCGAAAAUAUAAAUACUACAGUAUAUCCUCCAUACUUUUGUUUCAGUGAGUCCACAUACGUGAAUGUCAGAACAAAUUGUUGCAGUUGAGAAGAAAAACCAGAGCCCAAGUUCAACUGUGCUUCAACAACAAGCUUUUCUCUUAAAGAUUCAGUUCUUUGAAAUCUGCCACCUCCAGUAGGCGUCUGAGCAGAGCGUUUUGUCUCUGAAUUUGCUGUGUACCUAGUGAUCAUCUUCUGGCUGAAAACCCACAGCUGCACACUGUAGGUCUCUUGAAGUUUUUGGCUUCAACUUUUGGCAUGAUACCGAUGAUAUUGGAUUCUGGGAAAACAGCAUUUUGCAGCAUACUAUUUUACUCCUCUCUUUUCUUUACAGAUGAUUCAAUACUUAAAUAUAUUACUGUCUCUUUCACAGUAAAUAUAUCUACUUUGUGUACCAAUUAACAAAUAAUUGAAUUCCAGAGAGCCAAAGGUCACGUAACUUAAGAUUUCUGGUAAAUAUUACAGCAUAUGUGAUUACAAGUACAAUCUACAUGAAAGUACAAUAAUGAAACCUUCUUUGACUCCAUCUAAGUCCUUCUGAUAAUUAUGAGCUAGAGAUCACAAAAUCAAGAUACGAACAUACUUAUCAUGACAAACAUGGCCUAAGGUGCUAACAGCUCCUCCAAGAUGUGCAAAUUUAACACAAACAUAUGAUCAGUGUCCACAGAAACGGUGAACGUCCACAGGAGUUCAGAAUGAAUUAAACCAUGAGGUUGUUUAAUAGGAGAAACUGUGGCUUUAUGUUCACUCAAGUUAAUCAUAUCAAGGAUCAAAAAUAGUGUUAUUGUAAGGGUUUACUUUUGACAAGACUGUCAGCAUGGCAUAAUCAUCCUCAAGUAUCUUCAAACCAUGUAAAAAGAGACACUGUACUGUAAUGCCUUAAUAGUACCACAGACAUUAAAUGAACCUCCUUUAGAAGGACACUUCUCAAUGCUCUCAAUAAUAUACAAUUCAUUUGUUUUAUACACUACUAAUGAUUGAAUGUUCACUAGCCAUUCAAAUUAGGUAUUACAGUGUAUUCAGUAACAAUUAAUCUCUCAACCUAUGGCUCUCGCAGGUAUUUUCAAAUAAGCCAGUCGCAUCUGAUAAAAAUGCAGUAUUUGUCGUACAGGUUAACAUGUUUGCAAGUCUUGUUUGGAUUUGGAUUGUGUUAUAUUUUGCCCCGCGAUUAAGGGACUAACAGUUCACACAGUAUUUUCACAUGAACUUGUAACUGCAAACCUAUAGAGAAAUAGCCAUCGCAGUUAAAAGACUUAAAGCACAAACACUGUUAUUAUUUUUAUGUUUUGUGGUGAUUUGUUUGAAGGUCUGCUAAACAUUUUCUUCUUUUAUUGUUUGUAUUGAAAUUGUUAUCAGCUUGUUUUACAAAUUAUGAAAAUACUGCACCAUAUGAUCUUGUUUAAAUGUUACGGUAUAAUGAAAAUGGGUCAGAAAUAUAUUUAUUCUCUUCCUUUAUGAAAACAAUGUAUAAAAGAUACAUUUGAAACAUGUAAAACUGAAUAUGUGACAUUUAUUUGAAUGAGGCUCAGUAUGGCAUAGUUUAUAAUGUUGUUGGGUUCAUUUAGAUGCCAUAACUGUUGUUGAUUUUUUGUCAGACGAGUACAUUAAAAAAAACAAUGUUUGCAAUCAAAUUACCUACUUUUUGAAACAGAGAGGGUGUGAACCAAUAUAACAGUAUUAUAGAACAGAAUCAAUGUGUGUAUAUUUGGAGAAAAUAGGAUACCUUUUGAUCUUUAGAGCCAGUGUGUAGUCAUAGUUUUCACACACUUGCGUGUUUGACGAUGUGCAGAGAGUAUGGUUGUGCUGCAUGUCAAAGUUAACCUGUGUUUUUGAGGUGGCCAUUUUACAGAUAUUCAUACUUUUACAGUUUUUUCCAAAAAUUGUUUUGGUUCUUGAACCUGGUCUAAAAAUACAUACCUCCUACAGAUCACCAGGCCAUGUUUGUUUGUGAUUUAUUUGAUAAACUAAAACUGCUAUUCAGAGUCAUGAUAAUUCUUGUGGCACAUUGGUGACAGUCUGGAGUUAUGUUGGUUGCUUGUCUAAGCAGUUAAGACCAUGCUAGUAUUCCAUAUGAAAUGUACUGGAUGUUGAUUAUUUUGAAUAAUGGUAUUAACAAGUCCCUUUUAUCGAAUCACUAUUAUUUGCAAUAAAAGUC